AGGCAUAUAAUUAAUUGUAAUUUUGUUGUUUAAGUAAUGUUUAUCAAAAAGGGUACAUCAACAAAAAUUGCUUGGUAUAAUUUUGGAGGGACAAUAAUAGUAAACCUGACAAUACCUGACCCACAAUGAAAGUCGCGGUGAUUUUGACACUAACCCUUACAAUCGUAUCGGCAAAAGUGCCGAGUAUCAAAUUAAACACUGGCUAUGAGAUGCCACAGAUAGGUCUGGGCACAUGGCAGGCUACCGGUGACCCCGUCAAACAAGCUGUUAAGGAUGCCCUGAAGAUCGGUUACAGACAUAUCGACACCGCCUGGAUCUACAAGAACGAGAAGGAGGUGGGAGAAGCCAUUCACGAGCAGAUCGGCGCCGGUAUCCUUAAGAGGGAGGACCUGUUCAUCACAACUAAGGUGUGGCCCAAAGACGCCAAAACCGCGAAAAAGUCUCUGGAGACUGUCCACCACUCACUGCAACAGUUGAACGUCACUUAUCUGGACUUAGUUCUGGUGCACAGACCGGCGGACAACUACACGGAGGUGUAUAAGGGUCUGGAGGAGGCUGUGGGCCAGAAGUUGGUCCGAUCUAUCGGUAUCUCUAACUUCAAUAAGGCUCAGAUCGACAGCUUGAAGAAGACCUGGAAAAUGAAGCCCGCAGUCAACCAAAUCGAAAUCCAUCCGACCCUUAACCAGGACGACACGGUUAACCAUUGCAAUGAUUUGGGUAUUGCUGUCACCGGAUACUCGCCAUUGGGUACUGGCAAAUUGAUCAAGGACCCGACCUUAGCCGCUAUUGGUAAAAAGCAUAACAAGAGUGCGGCUCAGGUGGCUCUCAGGUGGCAAAUAGAGAGACAUCUGAUCACAAUUCCCAAGAGUGUGACCAAGAAGUACAUUCAGGAAGACUUCGAGAUCUUUGACUUCACGCUUACCAAGGAUGAAGUGAAAACUAUUCAUGACAUGCAUGCUUAAAUUGUUAUAUUAAGUAUAAUUUAAGUUUAUAAAGUUUUAAUUAAAAAAAUUAUAAAAAUUAA